AUGAGCUCUCGGGCACUGAACUGGCCUCGGACCUCGCUCGCAAAGCUGACCGUUUACCAGCAUCCAAUUGCUCGCUGCAAUGAUGCAGCAUUUAUAUCCCCGAAAACAUUUUGUUCGCGUGGUCACCAGAUUGCCGAGUUCUCAAAUACCAACCCAGACCAUGAGGGUCUCGGGCGUCGUGCAAAAGAGAAGCUGCUUGACAGGGAUUUCUUCCUAAGUCUUCUGAACUCAGCCUCAACAAAGCGAGAAGCAAAACAGUAUCUGUCCCGGUUUAAAAAUAGUCCCCCCAAGGCUACUCCCAAGCCCGAAGCUCCCAAGGAACAAGAGCCAUCUUUGCCUUCCGGGGUCAACCUCGGCUCCUUCUAUGGCUCUAGAGCAGUGCAUGACAGUCCUGUGUUUCGGCAAACUGCAACACCAGCUCCACAGGGACAGGAUCCGUUUGAGAGACUACACCUAGCUCUGAUCAAGAUAACUACACCACAAUUGCUGGAUGAUUCAGUCAUCAAUGGUGUGGCUAGGACUCUAUCGCAACUUGUUCGUCUGGGAAUGGCAUGCUGUGUUGUAGUUGACCCUGGAAAUGUGGAUAGCACUAUCGUGCGACAAACCGCCAUCGAGCAGGCGAAUCGGCUCUCCGCGGCGGUUGAUGGACAACCGGACUCGAAAUCAUAUCGCUUGGACUCGCUACUUGAAGUUUCUGAUGAAGGGCCAAAUCGACCCACAGUGUCGUCUCGGAAGCGGCUUCUAGCACCCCUUCGGGACGGGCAUGUCUUAAUUGUCGCACCAGUUGCGUAUCUCGAGGAAAACCCAAAGGCUGUUCCAGUGUCUGCAGAUGAUGCUGUAAUUGCAUUGACUAAGGAAUUAGCCGGGCUAUCUACCAACCCGGAUCCGGAUGAAGAUCCUGCAGUGACUGCAGAACGAAUCGGGGCUUUGCAGAAGGAGGUUUCGUUGGACCGAGUGAUUCUCUUGCAUCCCCUCGGAGGAAUACCUGCUUUUAGGGGCCCUCAGGAGUCUCAUGUCUUCAUCAACAUGGAGCAAGAGUUUAACGAUAUUGAGAAGGAGCUGCUUGAGACAGAAGGCUCCCUUUGUGGAGGGGCUGGCACAGCCAACGCCGAUCUAGAUGCGGCGUAUGCAAUUUUGGACAGCAACCCUUUCUCUAAAUUCGCUACCGAGGAGGUGAUCUCGCCUCUACCGAAGAUACCAGAGCAACAACCAGGUGCCAUAACGGUGGAGCCGAUAUUUGAUGGCCACCUGCAGAACCUUUAUUUAUGUCAGAAGACCCUUGCCCUACUACCAGCGGCCGCUUCAGCCAUCAUCACCUCCCCAGAAGAAGUCGCCAACUCUUCGCGCCCAACGGAAAAUACCACGAAGCUGUCGGCCGUGGGAACCAGACGCCAGCGUAAUCCUCUCAUUCAUAACCUUCUCACCGAUAAACCUCUUCUCUCCUCAUCGCUCCCUCCAGGCCGCCGAGGCCCUGUCAACGGACGGCCCAAUGUGCUUAACCCUCUGACAUCCCACACAACCUUCGUCAAGCGUGGAAUGCCACUCACUCUCCUUCCAAACCCGCAUGUGCAGGUUUGGACGGCUCAGCAUCAGCCGCCACGACUGCAACUGAACGACCCAUCAAUCGAUCUUCCUCGGUUAGUACAUCUUAUUGAAGAUUCUUUCGACCGAAAAUUGGAUGUCCAGAACUAUCUCGAUCGAGUCAACGAUCGCAUCGCUGGCCUCAUUAUCGCUGGCGAGUAUGAAGGCGGCGCCAUCCUGACCUGGGAAACACCGCCCGGUGUCGUCGACGACGGCAGCCCGGAAAGCGUCGCACGCAUGGUGCCAUACCUGGACAAAUUUGCUGUCCUGAAACGCAGCCAGGGCGCAGGCGGUGUAGCUGACGUAGUUUUCAAUGCGAUGGUGCGCACCUGUUUCCCCAAUGGAGUCUGCUGGCGCAGUCGCAAGGAUAACCCGGUCAACAAAUGGUAUUUUGAGCGAUCCGCUGGUACUUGGAAGCUGGCUGAUAGUAACUGGACGAUGUUCUGGACGACUGCUGGGCUACCAGAGGAUUCGCAGCGGUUCCAGGACUAUGAGGCCGUGUGUCGAGCUAUCCAGCCUAGCUGGGCCGAUACCAAAAGUGUGAUUGAUUGA